UUCUCCUAUAACAAUAUUUUCUCGUUUUUGGUUUUUAAGUUUAAAUCCGAGCAUUACAAGAUAUGGAUGCUGAAUGUGUUUGCUUGAUCUGAAAGCAAAUCGAAUUUGCCAAUGCCCGCUGUUAACUCUUAGUCUUUCAUAUCAUUGUCGCUAAUUAUUAUACAGCUUUUAGUUAUAUAUAUAUUUUCACUGUUUUGAGCUAACUUAUUAAUUGACAUUGAUUUGAUUUUAAUUGGAAUUAUGUUUGAUUUGAUGUUUUGUGGUGAAUUCAAUUAAUCAUUGCAAGAGUUACCCAUAUUGUGUUGAUUGAAAGAACUAUGGUUAGGGUUGGAUUUGAGUUGAGCCGGCUCGAGCUUGGCUUUAAUCUAUAAUGUUCAGCUCAAGCUUGUUUGAGCUGGCUAGAGACGUAGUCAGAGGGUUUCCGGUGUGAUGGAUAGUGUCACUGGCAGGGAUGAACACUGUCACCAGAGGGAGAUUCGAACCGAACUCAAGCCAAGUUGCCGAGCUGAAGAUCCAGCUCAAAGUUGGUUCGAAUCACACCAAAACACCGAGCUGAGAUGGCUCAGCUUGGAUCCAGCCCUGGCUGUGGUUAAACUUUGUUUUCUGAAAAAGUGGCUGAAGUUCUUGGGGGAUUUUCACAACUCUGUCGCAAAGUAAUGGAGGCUAUAAGUAUGAUUAUGCUACUGUUCCAUUUCUUGCCGAAGUUUUCAAGCUGGUGGUCUCUAGUUUUCUUCUUUGGAAGGAGUUCCGGGCAUCUUCUUCAAGGAUGACUACAGACUGGAAAAGUGUCUGCUUAUUUCCCAUUCCAUCAAUUAUAUAUCUGAUUCACAAUAAUGUUCAGUUUGCUACCCUGACUUAUGUUGACACUUCCACUUAUCAGAUCAUGGGUAAUCUUAAGAUUGUCACAACUGGCAUAUUAUUCAGGCUAUUCUUGAGGAGGAAACUCUAUAAUCUCCAAUGGAUGGCUAUUGUGCUAUUAGCUGUUGGAACAACCACAAGCCAGGUUAAAGCUUGUGGAGAAGCCUCAUGUGAUUCUUUAUUUUCAGCUUCAAUCCAAGGGUAUAUGUUGGGUAUCUUAUCUGCUUGUCUCUCAGCAUUAGCUGGUGUUUAUACUGAGUUUCUAAUGAAGAAGAACAAUGAUAGCUUGUAUUGGCAGAAUGUACAAUUGUAUACGUUUGGUUCUAUAUUUAAUAUGUUACGGCUUCUAAUGGAUGACUUCAGAGGAGGGUUUGAGAAGGGACCUUGGUGGCAACGCCUUUUUGAUGGAUAUAGUAUUACAACUUGGAUGGUUGUUUUGAACCUUGGAUCCACUGGAUUGUUGGUUUCAUGGUUGAUGAAGUAUGCUGACAAUAUUGUGAAGGUUUAUUCCACGUCAAUGGCCAUGCUUCUAACAAUGCUUUUAUCAGUAUACCUUUUCAGUUUUAAGCCUACACUACAGCUUUUCUUGGGCAUUAUUAUUUGUAUGAUGUCACUGCACAUGUAUUUUGCCCCUCCGAGCAUGCUCAUAAAUAUACCUCCAACUGUGAAGGUGGCUCCCGAGAGCCUGAAGGAAAUUUCUGUCGAACGGAGAACUGAUUCCUAAUAUUUCUUGGAGACAACAGAAAUCUUAAGCAAGGUAGAGAAAGAAGUUACAGAAUUUGUAUAAUUGGCUGAAGUGAAAUGAUCAAAAGAUUACAUAGAAGGAUACCAACUUUGUUUAUGUAGAAGCAUCCAUGGCUGCAAAAAGAACUGUCCCUGAGCACCUGGAUUCUUCUCUGCUAUCAGUGGCUGCUGUCCAAGAAACUGAUUGCACUUGCUGGGAAUUUUGCAAACGUGGUGGAAGGGAAAGACUGAUCCGGCUAGUUAAAUGACAGAAUUAGGUAAUUGUAUUUGUACGUUUUCAGAAUAUACUUGUUCGAAAAAAAUCUAUUGUGAUAACACUUUUCAGACCGGAUGAAAGAAAGCAUUGAAAUUUGUUUCGGAA